GGCGCUUACAGUUUUCUGCAGUUAACAUAUUUUCAAGUAAGCGAAAAUGGCUGAUAAAGAACAAGUGAUAUCGGCAAUUCGAGCCACACUGCUCUCAGUAAAAGGAGCUCUGACCAUCAAACAAUGUAACAGGGAUUACCGCGAACUUCAAGGAGAGUGGAUACCGUUUAAAAAGUUGGGUUAUCCGACACUGGAUAGGCUCUUUGUUGAUGUUCCCGGUUUCAAAGUGACGCUAAUUAAUGGGGAAUGGUAUGUUGAUGCGAUAGCAAGUCAGGAAACCCAACACAUUGCAGCUAUGGUGUCUCGUCAAAAAUCUAGCAAGAAGCCAACACCAAGGUUUAAUAUCACUAAUCGGUUUCCCAAAAAAAAACCUGCAACCACCGGGUCAUACGCCAGCUAUAACAACGUGAGCUAUAAUUACAAUAAUCAGUACUCAAACCAAUAUUACCAAGCGAAAGGCGGAACACCAUUCGACAACAAUUUUAGCAACAAGGUAAAUACAUAAUCUAUAAUGCUUCAUUGACAUUA